AUGUACAACCAGCCUACAUCUCAACAAUGGCAACCUCCUACUUCUACAAUGAGCCACUAUACCCCAAGUCUCCUUUUAUCCUAGGCUAUCCUGGCGUCUUCCGAUGCCAACAACGGCGUUGCUAAAACAACUCCCUAGAUGAUGACUCAGAUUUGCCCUCUGGGGAAUUGGUUUACCAACAAAUAUUGAUAAAACCAACUUCACUGCCGAUGUCAGGAGAACUCGCAGCAGCCCAAGCCAAAAGGAGGCUCAGUCUAUACACAAAUCCAAGUCCUCAAAUGAACCCUUUUCCUACCUCCAAUCCUUCUGCAUUUUCUAUACAAAAUCGUCCCAACACCUCAUCACUAUACCCUCAAACUUCAUAUACCCAAUCUAAUGCAAACCCAUUUUCUGUCCAAACUACGCUUCCUUAUAGCUCAACUGCAAUGCAAACAAGCUAUUCUUCCGGAGCCAGCACUUAUAGUAGUCAAACUACUCAAAAUCGUUAUGGUGGACUUGGAUCAUCUCUUUCUAAUGGCGCCCCUCUGAUUUCAGGAGAAAAAUGCCCUGUAGAUUUAGAUGGCACAGGGAGUGUGUAUGUAUAUCAUAUCGCAGCCCUUGCUAAAAAUCAACAAAAACAUAUUGAUGAAAUGAGAUAUGAGGAUUAUAAAUAUAAAAGAAACCCAAUGGGAAUGAAUUCUCAGCCUUUUGGGAGCUCACAAAUAAAUAAUCCAUUUCAAAGCAACGCAUACGGAAGCCGAAUUGGGACGUCAGGAAUGACAACAGGGAGUUUUCAGCCCAACACAACGAAUCCAUUCUCUAAUACAGGCCAAUAUGGAAAUCCGUCAGUAAGCCAAGCACCUUAUGGAUCUCAACCGUCUCCAUUCAGCAUAAAUAACAAUACUUUUAGUACCACACCUUCAAGACUGCCAAGCACAGGAAUAGGGAAUUACAAUCUUACUUACUUAAUUAUCUGGUGUUUAAGGUGUCUAGUGCCGCAGCCCAAAAGGGCCUAUGGCAAAACUGAUGACGUAGGCGAGCCAUCUUGGCACGGGUCAGCCCCGUCCAAGCCUUCUAUCAACUCCUGCUUCACCGGCCUUGCUGCACGUCUCACCCGGCGCGUUGCCGUCGCCCUUGUCGCUCGACUCAGCUCCUGCGCGUGUUCCGCCUAAGGGUCAUCCUCCCGUGGAGAUGUGCUGAGAGGUAAAAAGCCCGAGAUCUUGAGUGGACUGAGGAGUGGUUCCUUUGGUUAUCCCCAAAGUUAAACCGCUGUUGCUGUCCAGAAGUUCGCGAGUGAAACCUAACCCUAAUAAUAAAAUUCCAUGAGGGAGAGAAAAUUAGCAAAGCUAAUUUCUCUCGAACCGAAUGCCAUUUUAUUAUUGGGAAUUACAAUCAGUUCGGGAACAACAUAGCUCCAGCAGCCAAUCCUUUUUCUUCAAAUUUUGAUAUAAAUCAAGGCCGCACAACGCCAAACCCAUUCGCUGCAAGUCAGCCUUUCCAAUUAGCAAGUUCUUCUAGAAUCAGCAGCCAAAACCCUUUUACGCCUUCAUUUCCUUCAAAUACAAGCACAUCGUCUACAAAUAUGCAGAAUCCUUAUAUGAAUCCUUAUCCAUCCCCUCAGGGCUCUACAAGUAACCCUUUUAUGAGCUCAUACCAGCCCUAUUCUCCUCCAAUGUCUUCUUCAGGAUUUUUUGUGAACCCUCCUUCUUUUAACCCUCCUAUGAACUCAUUGUAUUCUCAAAGUACUAAUUCAAGGCAAAUAAAUCCUUAUAUGAAUUCUUCAUUGGUUCCUCAAAUGGGUGCUUUAAUGGAUGCUUUUAAAGACCCUCAUGGGCUAAGUUGGCUAUUUCCUGACGAAACUCCUGAAAAUGUGCUGAAAAUUCAUCAGCAAAGAAAAAAUGAAAAAAAUGCGCCUGAGGCAGUUCCGCUGAUAGAUAGAAUUGCGAUGACAAAAAAGCAGCAGCCUUCUUAUACAAAUUCAAGAAGCAUUAGUGAUAAGUGAGCACCUGUGUCUCAAUCAAAGAAAUUUGAACUAAAACCUCUAAAAGAGAUAACUACAAAUGAGAAUAAUUGAAGAGAAAAAAAGCUUGAGCCAUUUAAAAUUGAUAUAAAACCCAAUUUUUCUAAUGUAUUUUAUUUUAAAUAAAUAAAAAAAAAAAAAUUCUAUUUAAAUUUAGCUUUUAUUCUUAUAAAAAAGCAUAAGGCUUGAAGAAUAUAAAGAUGAUGAUAUAAACUGCUUUAAAAUCAUAGGCUCAAAAAAAUCAGCUUCUAAGCUAGACACCAGCAACGACGUCAUUAUUGUCCUUCACGAGCCAGAAUUCAUACGAAUCCUCAUCCCAGUAACCCGAACCACCACAAUUUACGAUCUAAAAUCCCACAUAACCCGACAAAUAAAAAUCCCUGAAAACACCCAAAUCCAAUUAGUAUAUAAAUCAAUGGUUCUAAAAGACAGCGACACAAUUAUUGAUGCAGGCAUCGGAAACCAUGAAGAAAUUUUAGCUGCUUUAAAAAAAUUGUCCCCAGUAAAGCAAUCUCACCUUGUACCAACCGAACUUUUGCCGAAAUUAAAUAAAGCUGGAUACUCAAUGACCCCUCAUAUAUGGGACAUGGCAAAUAUGACUGAAGAAGAACUGUCAAAAAUAACCAAUUUUUCUAUAGAAAACCAGUAUGGAAAAAUUAUUUUUGAUGGCGAAACUUCUGUGUUAAAUUUAGAUAUAAAUAAUAUCAUAGAAAUUGUGCAAAAUUCUAUUGAUGUUUAUCCAGAAAAAAGUAGUAUAGAAAAACCACCUAUUGGAGAAGGGCUCAAUAAGCCUGCAGAACUGCAUUUGUAUAACUGCAGGCCUGGGAAAGCUACAAGUACCGAAAAAUUUGAAGAAAGAUUGCACAGGAUUUGUGAUAAAAGUGGCAGUGAAUUUGUAAAUUGGAAUCCAAGCACCGGGGAGUGGGUUUUUAGGGUUCAAAAUUUUUAA